UAAUGAAUAGCAAAUUAUAACACAAAGUUGAUAUCAUUACUGAUACUUAGCACAUAAAUGUUGACACGUGGUGUCUAGUACUCGGGUGUUUUCGACUAUAGUCGUAGCAAUGAACAACCAAAAUUAAAAUUAAUAAUUAUAAUUCCACAAUAUGUCACAAUACGAAGAUGUCAUUGUGGAAGACAAAAGGAAAGAUGAUAAUGCAGUAUCAGAAACAGAAAUUCGACAUAGAAUUCCAUGGAGUGAGCGUGUAUUAUUAAAUAGCGAAGUACCAGGUUUACAUGAGGUUAAGGAAUUAUUAGAAGAUGAUGAUGCAAGUUGUUUAGCAGAAGAAGAAGAUGGAGUUGGUUGUCCAUUACCUUCCACUCCUGAAGAUGAUCAUCUUUUGGAUUGCGAGAUGACAGAAGUAUUAAAAGCUGGUGUGUUAAGUGAUGAAAUUGAUCUUGGUGCAUUAGCUCAUAAUGCUGCAGAACAAGCAGAAGAAUUUGUUCGUAAGGUUUGGGAAGCAUCAUGGAAGCAAUGUCAUUUCAGAAAUCUUCCAAAGUGGUUACAAGAUAAUGAUUUCUUACAUGCUGGCCAUAGGCCACCUUUACCAUCUUUUUAUGCUUGUUUCAAAAGUAUAUUUCGUAUUCAUACAGAAACUGGAAAUAUUUGGACUCAUUUACUUGGAUGCAUGGCAUUUAUUGGUAUAGCUAUAUUCUUCAUAACACAACCUCCUAUAGAAAUACAAUUGGAAGAAAAAUUGGUAUUCGGUACCUUUUUUGCUGGUGCUAUUAUAUGUUUAGGAAUGUCAUUUGCCUUUCAUACUGUACACUGCCAUAGCGAAUGUGUUGGAAAAUUAUUUUCGAAAUUAGAUUAUUGUGGAAUAGCUAUGUUAAUUAUGGGUAGUUUUGUACCAUGGCUUUACUAUGGUUUUUACUGUGAUUAUCAACCUAAACUUAUUUAUUUAUCAGUGGUUGUAAUACUUGGUGUAACAAGUAUAGUUGUAUCGUUCUGGGAACGAUUUGGUGAACCAAGUUAUAGACCAUUAAGAGCAGGUGUUUUUAUGGGAUUUGGUCUUAGUGGGGUAAUACCAGCAGUUCAUUAUGCCAUUGCAGAGGGUUGGUUUAAAGCAAUUAGUCAAGCAUCUCUUGGAUGGUUAAUAUUAAUGGGAUGUUUAUAUAUCUUAGGUGCAAUGUUUUAUGCAUUAAGAGUACCUGAACGAUUUUUCCCUGGCAAGUUUGAUAUUUGGUUUCAGAGUCAUCAAAUCUUCCAUGUGUUAGUAAUUGCAGCAGCUUUUGUUCAUUAUCAUGGAAUAACAGAAAUGGCUAUGUACAGAAUGACAAUAGGAGAUUGUACAAAUCCAUCGCAGGUGAUAGCUUUUUAAUUAUGCAAUGGAUAUAUAAUAUUGUGUUGGAUUUCAUCUUAUGUACCUUUAUCAAGACUUAAAAAGAUUCCUAAAUCUUUGUGUAUCGGUAGAUCUAUACUAUAAAAGAACUGCUGGAAACAAUGAAAAUGAACAACACAAGAUUUUCCUUCUAAUUUAUUGUAAUUAAUCAAGAAUUUUAAAAAAAAUUUAUAAAUAUUUAAUAAAUUCACAAUAAAAUACAAUAUGUGAUAAUUAAGAUUACUAACAAUAAAUUCAAAAGUUUAAUUAAAUAAAACUUUUUACACUUUCGU